UCCCAGAUUGAGCGGAUGAUGCAUCUGUGGGCUUUGUUACAAAGAGAGGUCGGACGACAAAGAGCGGUUGUCUUGCUGCGCUGCAAACAUUUCGAAAUAUUUCCUUGGAAUAAUUCCUCACUGAUCUUGGAUUUCGUACUUGCUGUGACAUAUUAUCCGUAUUUGCACAAAUGCGCAAUCUCCACGUAUGUAAUCAUGAAUUUACUGGAUAGAUCGAGCUCUGUGUGGAUAUAUUUCUUGUUCAUGCUGCUGGAUUGUUACUGGGAAACGGUCUCUGGGCAGCUCUCUUAUUCCGUCUCAGAGGAGGCCAACGUCGGAACUGUUGUCGGGAAUAUCGCUAAAGAUCUGAACAUCAAUGUCCAGGAUUUCGGAUCUCGCAUGUUUCAGAUCGUUGCUGGAUCAAAGAGAAAAUAUUUCGAGGUAAAUCUAAAGACUGGUGCUCUCUACGUUAAUGAGAGAAUAGAUCGAGAGGAGCUCUGCGGUAAUGAUCCCAAAUGUUCAGUUAGUGUCGAAGCAGUUAUUAAUAAUCCACUGAAACUGUACCGGAUUGAAAUUUCGAUAUUAGAUGUAAAUGAUAAUUCACCUUCAUUUCUCAGCACGUCCCAGACAAUUAAUAUCACAGAGAGCACUUCGGCAGGAGCAAAAUUUCUAUUGAAACGAGCUCGUGAUGCAGACGUUGGAAAAAAUUCAGUAAAUACCUACAAGCUGAGUCAAAAUGAACAUUUUUCUCUCGCUACACACAAAGGAGAGAGUUUGACCCCCGAAUUGGUGCUUCAGAAAGUUUUAGACAGAGAAAAACAGUCUGUGAUUAGACUCACACUGACUGCCAUUGAUGGAGGAACACUUGCUAAAUCAGGCACUAUGAUCAUUGUAGUCAAUGUGUUAGACAUUAAUGAUAACGCUCCUGUAUUCAGUCAAACUCUGUACAAAGCCAGUAUAUUUGAGAACGUUGAGAUUGGAACAUCGAUAAUAACAUUAAAUGCUACCGAUUUAGAUGCGGGUCAGAACGGACAAAUACUAUACUAUUUUGUUGACAUGGAUCAGGGGAAACAGACUGAUCCAUUUGCUAUAGAUGUGAAAACUGGGACUGUAACUAAUAAAAAGAUUAUCGACUUUGAAGAGAAUAACGCUUUUGAGAUUCGAGUACAAGCCAGUGAUGGAGCUUCCUCACCAAUGACCUCACAUGCCAAAUUACUGAUUGAAGUUUUAGACGUCAAUGACAAUGCUCCGGAAAUUUCAGUCACAUCACUGUUGAACUCCGUGAAAGAGGAUGCGUCCAUUGGCACCGUCAUCGCUCUUGUUUCAGUAUCUGAUAAAGAUGGAGGUAAAAAUGGGAUGGUGAACUGUAAAAUCUCCAAUAAUGUCCCCUUCAAAUUAGAGACUAAUUACAAGAAUUACUAUUCGUUGGUCGUGGAUGGUCCUCUUGACAGAGAGACUUCUUCUCAAUACAAUAUCAGUAUCGCUGCUACUGAUGAAGGAAGCCCACCUCUGUCCAGCACGAGCGUUAUUAAUGUACACGUCUCUGAUGUAAAUGAUAACAAACCUCUAUUUACUGAAAGUGUCAUCAAUGUCUGUGUGAAAGAAAACAGUCCAGUAGGAGCAGUUAUCAAAACUGUUUCAGCAGAUGAUGCUGACACUGAUCAAAAUGGUCAGUUGAGCUAUUCGUUUUUACAGAAUAACAGUGACUCACUGCCACUCUCUACAAUGGUAAACAUCAACUCAGAGAACGGAGAUAUAAUCAGUCUGCAGUCGUUUAACUAUGAGGAGUUAAAAACCUUCCAGUUCAAAGUUCAGGCCACAGACUCUGGUCUUCCUCCACUCAGCAGCAACGUGACUGUCAACGUUUUAAUCCUGGACGAGAACGACAACAGUCCCGCGAUACUUGCGCCAUAUUCUGAGCACGGCUCUGUCAACAGUGAGAGCAUCCCAUAUUCUGCUGAAGCAGGAUAUUUUGUGGCAAAGAUCAGGGCUGUAGAUGCAGACUCUGGAUACAAUGCGCUGCUGUCUUAUCACCUGACUGAGCCAAAAGGAAACAACCUGUUCAGGAUCGGAACCAGCACCGGAGAAAUCAGGACUAAGAGGAGAAUGAGUGACAAUGACCUCAAAACUCACCCCUUGGUGGUGCUGGUCUCUGAUAACGGAGAACCCUCCCUGUCAGCUACUGUGUCUAUUGAGGUGGUGGUUGUUGAAAGCACCGCUGACAUCCAGACUCAGUUCAGACAUGUGCCCAUAAAGGAGGACAGUUUCUCUGAUUUGAACCUCUAUCUACUAAUCGCCAUUGUGUCGGUGUCAGUGAUCUUUCUGCUCAGUCUCAUCAGUCUCAUAGCUGUCAGAUGCCACAGGACAGACGGCUCUUUCAGCAGAUACAGCGCCCCAAUGAUCACCACCCACCCUGACGGGAGCUGGUCUUACUCCAAAUCUACACAGCAGUAUGACGUGUGUUUCAGCUCAGACACGCUGAAGAGUGACGUAGUGGUUUUCCCUGCACCGUUUCCACCUGUAGAUGCUGAACUGAUCAGUAUUAACGGAGGAGACACUUUUACACGAACUCAGACUUUGCCUAAUAAGGAAAAGGUAAGGCCACUUUGUUUUGUAGAGCUGUAAUGUCGGCUCCCAUAG